AUGAUCCCGCCGCUUCCGACCCCUCCUCUACCGCCUCCGAUGAUCCCGCCACUUCCCAGCCCUCCUCCUCUUGAACCCCCUGUUCUUUUCUUCCACUGCCUCCGUCGCGUCCCGCCGCCAUCCAGAUAUUCUCCCCUGCCUACCCACGCCAUCGUGCUGAGCCUGCACUCUGGCUCCGUCGGAUUGCCGCCGACGUCUUCCCAUUUGCAGCCCCACCAGAUGGUUUCCAGUGAUCUCUCCAACUCCAAAUCCAUCCUGCUCGAGCCCCUUCAAUGGCUACAACUACUGUCCUCCAACCUCAACCCAACAUUCAUCCUCGGGAUCUUCGUUGUCUACGACCUCAUCCAGGGCUUUUGGGCCUCCUCAUCGACGUCUUCCCCGUCGGCAAGUACAGGCGGCAGCCGUACUUCGUGGCGGCCAGGGUAUUGGGAUGCGCUUCCUCUCUGGCGCUCGCGCUGCUGGGUAUUAGGAGGGCAGCAAUCUUCUUCGCAGAGUACUGGUUUCCUGGGUUUUUUGGUUUCCUGGGUUUUGAAUCCCUCAAUUGCAAGUUAA